ACACCUACGCGCACAUUUUCUCCCCUUCCUCUCCCUCUUUCCACUUUACUCUGUCUCCCAUUUUCUCCUCUCCUUUCCCCCUCCCACCACUUGGUCUUUCAGUCUUUCAGUUAGUGCGUUUGUCUCUCCUUCCGACCCCCACCCCCAGCUCCUCUCCCUUUCCUUUUCCCCCUCCCCCUUUCCUUUUCCGUCUCACGCGCCAGGCCGCUUGCACAUGCGUAUUAGGUACAAAGCCUCGCUCUUUGUCCCCAUCUGUCGUUCACACCAACUCAAGCCUUUGGCAUUCGGCAGCCAAUAGAAUCUAAGAAAUGGCGGAAAAAUGAUUCCGCCUCGGGAGAUAAACCUUGAUUAGCAGUUCAGCUAACCAAUCGAGAACACCACUUUGUACCCCUUGGGAGGCACCGAUCUCCAUCGUCUCGUUUCCGGCGGUCGCGCGCUCUUUUCUCGGGACGGUAGAGGCCGUGUAGCUUCGCCGUUACUCCGAGGAGAGAUCAGUCGGUAAAGGAGAAGUCGAGGUUAGAGAGGACUGGGAGGCACUUUGCUGUCUUCAAUCGAAGUUGAGGGUGCAAAAAUGCAGAGUAAUAAAACUUUUAACUUGGAGAAGCAAAACCAUACUCCAAGAAAGCAUCAUCAACAUCACCACCAGCAGCAGCACCACCAGCAGCAACAGCAGCAGCCACCACCACCGCCAAUACCUGCAAAUGGGCAACAGGCCAGCAGCCAAAGUGUGUAUAUGCUGGGUGAUGGAGAAACACGAACCCUAGCAGAGAUUGCCAAAGUAGAGCUGGACAAUAUGCCACUCCGUGGAAAGCAGCUGCGUGUGCGCUUUGCCUGCCAUAGUGCAUCCCUUACAGUUCGAAACCUUCCUCAGUAUGUGUCCAACGAACUGCUGGAAGAAGCCUUUUCUGUGUUUGGCCAGGUGGAGAGGGCUGUAGUGAUUGUGGAUGAUCGAGGAAGGCCCUCGGGAAAAGGCAUUGUUGAGUUCUCAGGGAAGCCAGCUGCUCGGAAAGCUCUGGACAGAUGCAGUGAAGGCUCCUUCCUGCUAACCACAUUUCCUCGUCCUGUGACUGUGGAGCCCAUGGACCAGUUAGAUGAUGAAGAGGGACUUCCAGAGAAGCUGGUUAUAAAGAACCAGCAAUUUCACAAGUAUGUGGUCUUGAUGGAUUUCCCUAUUAGGUGUUUGCUUCUUAAGGAAAGAGAGCAGGAGAUUCGGAUGGGUCAGAUGGCUAUGGGAGGUGCUAUGGGCAUAAACAACAGAGGUGCCAUGCCCCCUGCUCCUGUGCCAGCUGGUACCCCAGCUCCUCCAGGACCUGCCACUAUGAUGCCGGAUGGAACUUUGGGAUUGGUAAUAAACUGCCGGGCCCUACAGUAACUCUAAAUGGUGGUAGGAGAACAGGCAUUGUUUUCAUAGCCCCUAGGCCUACCUCAAUUUGCUACAGUUAGCAGUCUUU